AUGGCCCCACCAAGUUCCGACUCUCUGACCUCCCUCCGUGCUCUCCAAGACGCUGCGAGGAAGCAUUCAAAUCAGGCGCCCGAGGUAUCACUUCCAGAACGCCCUCGAAAUGUUCGGAAUGAUUCUCCCUACUUCGACGCUGCGAUCGGCGUGGUGGGCGUCUAUACCGCCCACCUGUAUAGCGAACAUAGCUUCUGGUCGAUGGAAACGAAGGCGAUGAGGCAGGAUAUAAAAACAGUGGAUGGGAAGAUUGAAAAGGUAGACCACAAAGUGGAAAGAUUCGAGCAGGGAGCUAAAGAGGCUCUCACUGAAUUAUCCGGCCGUUUGGACGAUGUCGAAAAGGACCUAAAGGAGCUUAGAAAAGAGGUCAAGGACGUUCAGAGCCAGGUCAAGGACGUUCAGAGCCAGGUCAAGGACGUUCAGAGCCAGGUCAAGGACGUUCAGAGCCAGGUCAAGGACGUUCAGAGCCAGGUCGAAUCCCUUCAACGUGGUAUUGAGAAUGGAUCUGCGAGGCAAAUCAAUGCCCUACGCAACCACUUGAGGGAUUCCAUCGAACCGAUCUACGCCCCAGCUCUGGUCGCUGGCAAAUCUACCUUCGCUCUCUCUCCAGACUUUCCGCGAACCAUUGCCGACUGUUGGCGAUUAUUGACUGAUACCCAUGCUCUAGUACGCCUCGCAAAACACUAUUCUGUGACCGAUUGGGAACGAUGGCAGCGCGGUUCGUCCGACGAUACAGAGCGCACCGACUACGUGAGCAUUGAAGAUGCUGUGGCUGCCCACCCUUAUCAAUGCUGGAAGAUUCUAGUAACAAAAUGGGGCUUGCAGCAUAUUGACCUCGAACGACCUAGGAAACGGCCGGUCGAAACAGACGACGGGUCGUCAGAGCUGCGGAAAGUGAGAUUGCGACGGACAUCUGGUUCAGAUAUUUGUGAGUCCGUGAUUUCCCGGAACGAGGCGGGCGACAUCAUCCGUCAGGACCAGAUUACUCGCCUCAGACCUCCACAGCCGGUGCCUAGUGAAUCCGUUAUUUCGCGUGUAUACGAAAAGUAUGCGGGCGCGCCAGGCCGGACGUCCUUUGAGUCUGCGGAGCUAGGCUGGGACGCAAACAUGGCCUCCGAGCCAUCCCCGCGGAGUGGAAAGUCCCACCGCAGCUAA